GAAAUGUUUACAUCUUGUGCCCUUUAUUAAUGUCAGCACUUAUUUGAUUAGUGAUGCGUGUGUGCUUUUGGCUGUAGAGAGAGAGAGCAGAGAGACGAGGGAGCGAGGAGAGGAAGUGAAUAUCCAAAACCACAGUCAUGAGGUUGUCAGUGUGUGCAGCGGUGUUGGAGCACUGAUUUGUCCAUCAGCGUACACUUGGGGUGUAAGGGUUUCUUUGUGUUCUGGCGAGUUUUCUUCGUGCAGCAUGUCAGAAGCUGCACGAGUGUCUUUCUGUAUUUCUUCUGGAUCUCUGCUGAUGUUCAGAAAGCUUCCUCAUCAGCUCGGUGAAAGUUACUGCUGUCACGCAUCGUUUUGAAGCGUUUUUAUUUUAGUUUAAUUGUGUUAUUUUUGCUCGAACAUCCUGGUCUGGAUGCGCAGCAGAGCGGAUACGAGGAGCCCGAGAAGCGCUGAAAUGAUGCGCAUCCGUGGCCGAAGCGUUUCGCUCUGUGAGCUCGGCCGUCCGCUCUCUACACACUGAGAAAAGCGGAGAAGAGGUAGCCUUUUCCCGUUAGCCGAAUCACGCUUCACCGCUGACUGAGUGACUGAUCAGAGCUAAGGAAAACGGAAGGAGGAGUGGGGCGUGUGGAUGUGAGACUAAAACAAAAAGAGAGAGAAAAAAAAGCAGGAUCUGGAUGGAGAAGGGAACGGACACUGUAUGCGGGCACAAUUGUUCCCGAGAUUUUCAAUAGAAUAGAAAUUUAUUUUCAUCCUUUGUACUUGCGGAUUAAGAAGUUAGUUCGAGAAAAGAAGAAAUAGCAGGUUGGCGCGCUGUUGUGUACGGUGGGUGAGGAGGGUUUGGGGGGUGGGAAAGAAAAAUGCUGCCUUCGCAAGAAGCCUCCAAAAUCUACCAUGACAACUAUAUGCGCAACUCCAGGGCCAUCGGGGUCCUGUGGGCCAUAUUCACCAUCUGCUUGGCCAUCAUUAACGUGGUGGUGUUCUUCCAGCCUUAUUGGAUUGGCGACAGCGUCAACACACCUCAAGCCGGCUACUUCGGUUUGUUCCACUACUGCGUGGGUAACGGAAACUCCGACCGGGAAUUCUCGUGCCAGGGCAGCUUCUCCGAAUUCGGCUCCAUCCCGUCAGGAGCCUUUAAGGCGGCCUCAUUCUUCGUGCUGAUGUCCAUGGUGCUCAUCAUCACCUGCAUCGGCAGCUUCGCCCUCUUCUUCUUCUGCAACACUGCCACGGUCUACAAGAUCUGCGCCUGGAUGCAGCUGCUAUGCGCCAUCUGUCUCGUGCUUGGCUGUAUGAUCUUCCCGGAUGGCUGGGACGCAGAGGUGAUCCAGGACAUGUGUGGUGAGGACACUGGAAAGUAUACCUUGGGCAACUGCUCUGUUCGUUGGGCCUACAUUCUGGCUAUCAUCGGCGUGCUGGAUGCCCUCAUCCUCUCCUUUUUGGCCUUCGUGCUGGGCAAUCGGCAGAGGGACUUCCUGCAGGAGGAGCUGAAGGCUGAAAACAAAGACUUCGUUGUGUCAAGGCUCCAUCUUGGUCCACCUCUGCGAAUGGAUGGUAUUGAAAUACAAGAAACUAAGGAUCCAAGAUUUUGUGUUCAGCGGUUCCAUUGAGAACCAAAGAUCUCUUCCUCCUCUUCCAGCUUUGUGCCUCGUUCCCCGAUACUCCACCUCCUCCAUCUCCUGUCCUAAGCUCUUCAGGUGAAACCCUUUUGGUUUGGGUUUUGGAGGUCAAAGUUUGUUAAGCAGGACUGACACGGACUAAUCUAACAAAGUCAAACUGUUUGAGAAGAAACAAAACCUGAGAGAAAGUGGGAUGAUCAGCUUUACCAAACUCUGGGAUAAAAUCAUUCGCAAACACACACUCGUAUUGUUCCAUGGAGUUAUUACAUCAAAGCUCACAGAGUUAACGAUCUGUGAUUAUUGAAUGAAGAAAAAAACCCACUUUACAGCUUUAAAAGUCAAAAGAAGAAGUGCGUAUGUAAAAGCACACAGGUGCUACUUAUGACAUAACAAAAAAGAAAUGAAACAACUUUUGUACAAUUUAGACGAGGUGUCAUUUUGAAGUCUUUUUCAGGUUCAUUUUCAACUUCUCUUUGUACACGACACGGCCUGAGCCCGGGAACGUCAAAAUAAACAUGUUUCUAUGGAAAUAGGUAAAUACAUACUUUUAAGCAUUUUGUUGCCCAUACGUGAAACAACAUAUUCAUCAGCUGCUACCAGUAUAAUGUGUUUGUCCUUUACUCUGUGUGUAAUAAUACCAACAGAUGGCCAAAACCAGCUGUUUCAUUCGUUCGUAUUUCACAACAUUACAGUUUUGGGUUUGUUCAUCAAAGGGGCGAUAUCUGUUCUGCUUCCUCAGCUGGGUUCUGUUUGUAUGUCCAAAAACAGCCCUGCAUGCUGCAUCUAUCUCAGGCCUGAAAGACGAUGCUGGGGCUCAGACUCCUCUGUCUGCUGCACUGUCCUGCUACAUGCCCAGCAGUUGAAGAGUAUUGAGAGGACAAGAAAAAGAAUUGCAUACUGUGUAGCUAAUCUUAUAUGGACACAGACAAUUGGCUGACAUGAUGAUUAUACAAGGCAUUUUCAUUUUGGAAGGCACAACUGAAUGAGAAGGUGGAAAGAAAGACUAUCGUGAUCAUUAUUUACUUAGAUGUUUUUAAAGUUUUAAACUUGCUUUUUCCAAGUUGCUGCCUGAAAAUCAGACAGAUUUAAUCCAACAGCUCUGUAAAGUCAGUGAAUAAUCAAAUAGAAUCUAGAUUCUGAUGGACGCACUAAUACCCUAGUGCUGAUGUUGCAUGAAUACAGAGAAAGUCAACACAGGUUCAGAUCAGGACGAUCCAAUAAAAACCACAAAAAAACCUCAUGGAUCAUUUUCUGAAAGAAAACAACUUUGGAACAUUUAGGAUCCUGUUGGGGUUUAAAGUGGCCCUUGUGGAAAAUCUCUUUUGGUGAUUACCAAUAAUGCAAAAGUCUGUAAGAUGCUUUAGUUAGCGCGCCCAUUUAUAGUCAGGGGCUAGUUUGAUCAUUUAUCAUGAAUUAAAUGCUGUAAAAGGCAUUUAAACUAAAAAAAAAAAAAAGUCACAUGACAUGACUUUACUUGGUUUAAGGAUUACUCCGCCUAUCCGGGAAAGUUUCUUUGUUUGUUUUUAAUAUUUUCCGCACCAUGACGUAAAUUUCAGUUGUAAAGUUGAUGUUCAACAAAGUCAGUUAAGAAGCUACAGCAUCUCUUUUAUUCAGUGAAAAAAGGGAUGUGGGCUAGCCAUAGCUAACCAGCUAAAGUCACUGAAGUCUGUUUAUCUGUUUUCCUCAUGAAUUGUACAUUUUACAGUAUAUUUUCUUUAAACUUUAAAAUGGGAUGUCAGAAGGCAGGCUUUGAUCUUACCUCAAUUUUGACCACAUAUCAAAGCUAUUUAGUAACCAUGUCUUGGAUUUGUAUAUCAGUGUCGCUUGUAGGAGGCAAAUGAUGCUAGUGCUGUCAGUUUGGGCAUCUUUAGAAAAUACUAGGACAUCAUCAAGAGCAUUAAAUUUAUAAUCUAUAUUCAAAACGCUGGUAUAGUGGCAGACACACAGAGGCAUACAAUGAAUGAAAGUAUACAGAUUUAACCUUUGGAAGAGUUUCCUGAGCAUUUUAGUGGUAUGAUAUUGCACUCACAGUCAUCUCAAGUGAUAGAUGUCCUUUCAUUUUCUGUCAGCCUCAGGAGUCUUUUUCCUUUUUCCUGCUGAGGUGUAUUAAAACACUCAUCCAUCAAACCGUUCUCUUCUGUUUAUCCAGUUCAAUCAUCAUAUAAUAUCUGCAGUAAUAUUAGUUUGACUUUUGAUCCUCAAUGGUUGAAUACCUGCGUGACUGGAGCAGUUAAGAACAUGUGAGCACCAAAGGAUCUUUAGUUUUUGUGAGAUUUUCUCAGGGUUAAAGUUUCCAGUACAGAUUUCUCAACUAGUUUUUGCACAAGCAAGUAUAUGUUUACAACACAUGUAUUGAUACUUGUUUUGGCUGAUCCCUUUAGGGGUCACCACAGCAGAUCAUCUGCAUCCACCUCUCCCUGUCUCUGGUAUCCUCUUCUGUCACACCAACCCCGUGCACUACAUCCACAAACCUCCUCUGCAUACAUCCUAAACCAUCUCAACCUUUUCUCUCCAACUUUCUCUCCAAACCGCUCACUCAGAGAUAUCUUUCUGAUGUACUCAUUUCUCUUUCUUGUCCUUUCUGGUCAAUCUGAAUUUAAAUCUUAACAUCUAAAAUUCUGCGACCACCUCCACCUCAGCCUCUUAUCGUGAUGGAGUAAGGUCUCACUGGCGCCUUGUAAGCCUUCUCUUCCACUCUUGCUGCUACCCUUCUAUCGCAUAUCACCCCUGACACUCAUUUCCACCAAGACUACCCUGCCUCACCUCUCUUUUGCCAUGUCCGUUGCUUUGGAUGGUUGACCCCAGGUAUUUAAACUCAUCUCUGCUCCUUACAUGUUAACAUUUCCACCAGUUUCCCGGUAAUUCACACACCAUCACAGCUAUGUCAUCUGGACCAGCUGUUUUUCCACUCUUCAUCAUCUUCAUAGCUGCCUCCACUUAUUCCUUACUAAUCCUCUGCACUUCCUGAUUCAAAAACUCUCCACCAUCUAUCCUCCUCUCACUCUUGAUUUCUUCAUUCAUCGGUUCCUUGGAGUAUUUCUUCUGUCUUCUGUCUUGUCAACAGACUCUUCAAUCAUUAGCACAUUUCCAUUUCUGUGUUUAAUCAUCCUAACCCACUGCACAUCUUUUCCAUCUCAGUCUCUCUCUGCCUGGCCAAUUGAUAGAUUGGCCAAGCAGAUAGAUUUUCUCUCUUUCCCAUAAGCCUAACCUUCCAAUACUUCCUCUGUCCAGAGGAUGCACCAAACAGCUUGGCAGCUUCCCUCAGCACUACAGCUGUAUGUUCCCAGUCGGCUUGUAAUUCUUCCCUUCCACCCAGAGCACGUCUCAAUUCCUUCCUGAGCCUCUGCCCUCGCUUCCUCUUGAUGAUUGAAGUGAUCCUACAGACUACCAUCUUUGCUGCCUAGUUAAAUUCUCCUGUGCGACCAUCGUGCAGUCUCCUACCUCUUUCAGAUUGCGCCUACUACAUAAGAUGUAGUCCACUUGUGUGCACCGUCCUCCACUUAUACACCACCCUAUCUUCCUCCAAUCAAUUCAACAGUUGUACUAAUAACAGCAAAAGUAAAUUGGUAUUUGCUAUGAUUUGUUUUCCUUGAAUAAUUUGUGGCAUACUCAGCAAUGGCAUUUGAGCUGCUCUGAAUGAGUCAUAUGUCAAAGACACAUCCAUGCAAAUAAAUAUAUAAAUAAAAAAGAUUUGGUCUUCCUUCCUUCCCAAGACUGUUAUUUAAUUGUACCUAAUCAAGAUGAAAGUGAUUGGUUUAUACUUGUUUUCUUUUUCCUCUGCCUUUGUUUGAGUGUUAGUUUGGUUAUGGGAUGCUCUGAUGUCUCUGUGUAGUGAAC